GUAUCCUAUGUUAAAACGAGUGACACUGUGUUAAUAGAAGAAUUAAGCAAAUUUACAGCAAAUUCAUAGUGCAACAUUUCUAACAUCCCUCGAUCGAUGUUAUUAGGAAUUAAUUUCAUUUGAAAGUAAAUACCAUAAGAGUAUUGAACUUAAUGCUAGGUGAUAGAAUUAAAAAUAUGCAAACAUAGCUGCGAAGGGAAAAAUUAUUUGAAACUUUCUGCAUUCUUGAUUGGUGACGUUGGAAAAUAAAGCUAGUGCAAGAGCGAAGAUAUUAUCAGAAGAAUAUUUUGCUAUGGUAUAAUACAUUUUACAUUAAAGAAGGCAAAGAAAAUAGAAAAUGAAUACGCAAGAAUCUACUAAGGUACCACCAAAUGGAAAAUUUGGCUGGGUGAUUGUAUUGGCAUAUUCGUUAAAUGGGAUAUGCACCGUGUCCGUUAUGCAAGGCUUUGGUCUGAUAUUUAAAGAUACUUUUCCUCGUUUUGGAUUCUCUGCAACGGAUGCAUCGAUCAUUAUUAAUACGAAUUUAGCUUUUGGUAUGAUACUUGGAUUGAUAAAUGGUCCGUUGUUACGAACUUUUGGAUACAGGAAAAUGGCUAUAAUUGGCAGUCUAUUCUUCUGUAGUGGAGUAAUUAUGACAACAUUUGCCAAAACUUUCACCAGUUUAAUAAUCUUCUAUGGUAUAUUCGCCUCAUUGGGUACGUGUAUGUCGAUGUCUGCAUUUUCAUACGCAUUGAACUCGUACUUUACGACAAAAAAGGGACGCGCAAUGUCUUUGGCAAUGACAAUUAUUGGACUGGGCCCCAUAAUUAUACCUCAAGUUACAACCCUCUCGAUUUCGUAUUAUGGAUCUCAGGGCACGAUACUAUUAUAUGGAGCCUUCAUUUUGCAUUCCUUAGUAGCUAGUACACUUCUUCAUCCGCUCAAAUGGCACACGAAAGACGCAACUAAAUCGAAAACUGAGAAUGAGGAAUUACUGAAGGAUGAAAAAGAGAAUAAAGUCCCAGAUUUGAAAGAAAAUUCUUUGCAAGAAGGUAACAGUUGUAAGAAUUCAAUGCUUGACUUAACAAACAUGCAACGAAAAAGGAAAGUAACUAUUUCAAGUAUCGAUCACGAUGCAGAAAUUGGAAGUAUAUAUGGAAUUGAUAUACCCUAUGCUCGACAACUAUCAGAAACAUUAAAUGCUUCCAUAGGAGAAAAGGAUCUCGAUGUCUAUACAAUGAUAGAAAAUGAUCAAAUGCAAAAGGAACGUUCAAGAUUUUCAAAUCGUAAUCGUCGAUUUAAAAGUGUCGAUACAGUCAAUCUUGGGAGUAGUAUUGAAAUAUUCGAAGAAGCACCGAUGAAAAAAUGUAUUAGUAUAAGUACAAUUAACAUGAAUAAUUAUAAUAACACAAUAGAGAAUGACAAAUUAUUAGCAGAAAAUAGUGCAAUUAAAAUGUCAAAUGCAAAAGUCGACAUCAACGAAAAGCCUGAGGAGUCGAGUAAAUGGAAAAUAUUCACGACGAUAUCGGAAUAUUUCGAUUUUGACUUAUUGCGAGAUCCAAUUUAUGUGAAUCUGAUGUUGGGAAUGUCCAUUGCUAUAUUUGCUGAAAUAAACUUCUCUCAAUUAACGCCCUUCUUCCUGGUGGAUAUGAACAUAACAACCAAGGAAACUGCCACUAUAAUGAGUGUCAUUGCCAGUGUAGAUCUGGUUUUCAGGAUUCUUGCCCCUUUUAUCGCAGAAUGGCUUCAUCAACCACCGAAGAUAAUGUAUCUGAUAAGUCUAUGUCUAUUGAUUCUCAGUCGAUCAUCGUUAUUGUUAGUGGAUGGAUUUGCAUCAGUAAUAGCCGUGGCCAUUGGGUUAGGAGCGGCCAAAGGGGUACGUUCGAUAUACAUGACAUUGGUAAUACCAUGUUACGUGCCAAUUCACAAAUUACCUAACGCGUCUGGCAUUCAAAUGAUUGUAAAUGGCGUCAUACUUUUAAGUGCUGGACCCAUGCUCGGUGUAAUGCGUGAUAGUUUUGGAAGUUACAGGCCUUGCAUAAUAGUGAUCAAUUUUGUUACGGCACUCACAGUAACAAUGUGGAUAAUAGAAAUUCUAAUUCUUCGAAGAAAAAACCUACGAAAACAAAGUGAGCAACAAGAAGUUUCUUGA